AUGAAUAAUCCAACAGAUGCUUGUCCCUCCUUGCAAGACUCUUCUACAGGCCCUGAUGCCCCACAAGCCUAUGCUGCAAAUAUCUACAAUAACAGACCAGCGCAACAACAGCAGCAAAGUUAUGACCUCUCCAAUAAUAGGUACAAUCCAGGUUGGAGAAAUCAUCCUAAUCACAAAUGGUCUAACCAGCAGCAGCAGCAACAACAACAACAGUACCAACAGCCAUCCCCUCCCUUCCAAAACAAUGCUGGUCCUAGCAGAUAUGUACCUCCUCCUAUCCAACAGCAGCAACAGAGACAACACGAAGCUCCUGCAUCACCAGCUCCUCAUCCUUCUACUUCUGAGCCUUCAUUAGAGGAGCUGGUCAGGCAGAUGACUCUGCAAAACAUGCAAUUCUAG